AUGGAACAGCUGAGUACUGCCAACACCCACUUCGCCUUGGACUUGUUCCGCACCCUGAAUGAGGACAAUCCAACAGGAAAUAUCUUCUUCUCUCCCUUCAGCAUUUCCUCGGCACUUGCCAUGGUCUUUCUGGGGACCAGGGGCAACACAGCAGUACAGCUGUCCAAGACAUUUCAUUUCGAUGAGGUUAAGGACGUUCAUUCGAGAUUUCAGAGUCUGAACGCUGAUAUCAACAAACGUGGUGCUUCCUACAUUCUGAAACUGGCCAACAGGUUAUACGGAGAGAAAACCUAUCACAUCCUCCCUGAGUUCUUGGCAUCAACUCAGAAGAUGUAUGGAGCUGACUUGGCCAGUGUGGAUUUCCAGCAUGCCUUUGAGGAGGCAAGGAAAGAGAUAAACAAGUGGGUCAAAAGCCAGACAGAAGGGAAAAUUCCAGAACUAUUGGCUUCAGGUGUGGUUGACAACACAACUAAGCUUGUGCUGGUGAAUGCCAUCUAUUUCAAAGGAGACUGGAAGGAGAAAUUCAUGAAAGAGGCCACGACCAAUGCCCCAUUCAGACUGAAUAAGAAAGACACAAAAACAGUGAAAAUGAUGCAUCAGAAGGCGAGAUUUCCAUAUGGCUACAUCCAGGAACUGAAAUGCCGUGUGUUAGAACUGCCCUACCAAGACAAUGAGCUCAGCAUGAUCAUCCUGCUGCCAGAUAACAUUGAAGAUGACUCUACAGGUCUGAGGAAGAAUGUCUGUAUCCUCAUGAAAAGAAUUAUCAACAUUGAUAGAAUAAAUGGAAUGAUAAUUUGA